AUGUUGGUAUAUCUAAUCCGAAGAAGGGACCUCGAAUGGAAAAAGAUGAAGCUGGAAACAAGACAACCAAUGGAAGUGACUCCAAGAAGACUCCACAAUGCUGGCAAAGGAGGCCACAAUUUCAAGGUUUGCAAGUACGAGAAGUAUACGUGUAAAAAUUGUCAGGCUGUGGGCCAUUUAGCUAAGGUCAUUAUCGUUUUGAAAAAUCCCAAAUGUAAACCGGUUUUCUGCAAACCACGUACGGUGCCUUUUGCUUUUAAAGCGGCCUUAGAUACUGAAUUGAACGAAUUAGAGAAAAAGGGGGUAAUUAAAUUAGUUGAUAAUUCAGAAUGGGCGACCCCCUUGGUACCGGUGAUAAAGGAGGAUGGAAAGUUGCGUAUUUGCGUGGAUUAUAAAAUUACGGAAAAUAAAGCUUAUAAUCAGUUACAGCUUACAGAAGACACAAAAAACAAUGCCUCCACGCCAAUGGCCGGAUAG